GAGAGCUGAGCAGAUGAGCCCUAGGGUGUGAGGGCGUCCCUAAGUGGAGGUAUAAGAGUUCAUCUGUUCCGGUUUCCCUUAUACUUUCAACAUGGAUCUUAAACUCGUCGGCCUGCUCCUGGUCCUGUGUGCCUCUAUUGGCACCAUCAAAGGUGCCUUCCCUACCUGCUGUUUGAAUGUAUCCCCAAAAUUCUCCAAGGAGUUGCUGAACCAGGUGAAGAAAUUUACCUACCAGAAACCCAGUGCAUCCUGUGAAGUUGAAGCUGUUGUACUGCAUUUGAAAAACAACAAAAAGAUCUGCGUUGCACCAAGGGUGUUGUCCCGCCUGAAAAGGAACAACAUAUUGCAAUCGAUACGCAGAGCGUAUGGAUCCUGAAGUAAAGACUUUUGUCCAGAUGGUGCCACGUGUGGGGAGAGAAGGGACACCAUUGUUGUACCUGAGCACUUUUCAUGGCUGUUGAGAUAUCUAUGGGUUGUUUGGUGGUUCAUGUGCUAUUCUUUUUUUUUUCCAUUCAUCUGCAUCAAUUCCUUUUUGUUGAAAUGAACAGCAUUUUCAUCUUGUUGCAGUAAAGUUUCAGGAAGGUCUUCUAUCUAAAGAUUUUUUGGUUGAAAAUGAAAAUGUUUAAUGUAUGUAGCAUGUGGAUACUCUCUGAAUAAAAGCAUAUUAAUCCUAACAAAUAAUGCAGAUGUUGAUGAUAUUUAGAAACAUACCUUUUAUGAAUGAUAUUCAGAAACACACCUUCUAUAAUGUGUCCUGCUUAGGUAUCAGUGUCUCACAGGGCAUGUACUUGCAUCUCCACCAUUGCCCCCUGUGCUUUUCAUUUAAUAGUAGUUUUCUUUUAUUUUCAUGUCUUCUUUUGUAUCUUCUUGUUUCAGUUUACAAAAAUGUUCUCUUAUGGUUUUAGUUUUGGUUAAUAACUUUGCCGGAACACAGAUAGGGAACUUCCCAGGAAAUUACAGUUAUGUUCAAAAUAAUAGCCGUGCAUCUAAAAAAGUGAAUAAAGCUGAAAAUCCUUA